AUGAGCGUGUACUCGCCUAGCGGUGGGAAUUAUACCGAAUACUUUCCUCUCAACUCAUUCAGCGAAAACUGCUUAACACUCAAUGUUUGGGCACCUUCUAGCUCCGAGACGAAAUUACCGGUCAUCGUAUGGUUUUUUGGUGGAGGCUUCGUUCAAGGAGGAACAAAUUCCCCAUAUUUCAACCCUCAAGCCUGGGUACAACGAACACAAAAGCAUAUCAUGGUCACCGUCAACUUCAGAUCAAACAUAUUUGGCUUCCCUAACGCUAUGGGCUUGAUGAAGCAGAAUCUUGGCCUGCUUGACCAGCGUCUCGCUCUUGAAUGGGUUCGAGACAAUAUUGCCAAUUUUGGCGGAAACCCAGCGAAAAUCGUUGGUUGGGGUGAGAGCGGAGGAGCAGAGGCUGUUGACUAUCUUAACUUUGCAUAUCCUUCCGAUCCAAUCUACAGCGGCACGAUCCUUGAUUCUGCCACUGCUCUCUUCCCUCGAGCAGGAGGCCGAACAUUCGAUACAGCUCAAACAAACUUCACUGCUGUUGCAGCUGCUCUUGGUUGUCAUAGCACAAGUUCAGAGAUCAACUGCCUGAGGGGUGUAACGUGGCAGGCUAUCGAAGCCGUCCUCUCAGCAGAUCCAACCCUUAAAUUCCUGCCCAUUGUCGACAAUGUCACCGUUUUUCAAAACUACAGCGACCGCUACGCAAUCAAUGCCAUAUCCUCGGUCCCCGCCCUCAUCGGCACGAACCUGCAUGAAUUCAACGAAGGAAUCCCCACUCCUCUCAGCCCUACAUUCAACCAAUCCGCCUCCGAUAAGAACACAAUUGAGAUUUUCCUUUGCACGGCGGCGCUCACAUCCCAAGCCCGUCAAAGCCACUCCCUCACCACAUACAGAUACCGGUAUGACGGCAACUUCUCUAAUAUAUCGCCGUCUAAAUAUUCCGGCGCAUAUCAUGCUGCCGAGCUGCCGCUGAUAUUCGGGACAGCAGGUGAUUUUCAUGGAGUAUCUACUGCAUAUGAAAACGCUGUGAGCAGAAGUAUGCAAGACCUUUGGCUUGACUUUGCACGAGAUCCAGAGUAUGGCCUACGCAUAUCGGGUUGGGGAACCUACGACCAGGGUAAAGCUGUAAUACUUGGCGAUGAAGAUGAGCCGGUUAAGGGUAUUGAUGUCUCUCAGCUCGAUGGAGUUUGUGAUAUACUUCCAGUUGUUAUUUAA